UACAGCUACCUCUUGAAACAAAUCAGUUUGCAUCACAGCAACUGAGAACAAAUGGCUGAAGGCAUUCUAUUUAGUGUUGCGGGCAAAAUCUUGGAAGGGUUGGAAUCCUUGCUUCUCCGAGAAGGGAAAUUGCCAUGGGGUGUUAAGGAUGAGAUUCAAAAACUCAACAAGACUGUCAACACUAUCAAAUCAACACUUCUUGAUGCUGAGGAGCAGCACAACAAAAUGAACCAACAGGUAACCGAUUGGAUCCAGAGGCUUAAAGAUGCUUUUUAUGAUGCAGAUGACUUGUUAGAUGAUUUCUCUACUGAACUUCGAUGGCGAGAGGUGAUGGCUGGAAACAAAUUGGCAUAUGAGGUACGAAUCUUUUUCUCCAAAUAUAAUCAAAUUGCAUAUAGUCUUAGAAUGGCUCAUAAGAUUAAGACCAUCAGGGAGGAACUCGAUGAGAUUAAAAAUGAUAAGCAGUACCACUUUUCUGAGCACCUUGUUAAAAAGGGAGUCAUAAGUAUAGAAAGGGAAACUCAUUCUUUCAUACGUGUAGAAAAGGUAAUUGGAAGAGAUAAUGAUAAAGGUAAAGUUAUAAGACUUGUAUUGGACUCAAAUGAUUCUGUGGAUGUUUCGGUUGUUACCAUAGUUGGACUAGGAGGAGUAGGAAAAACCACACUUGCGCAGCUUGUUUAUAAUGAUGAGAAUGUCAUAAACUAUUUUCAGUUAAGGAUGUGGGUGUGUGUAUCUGAGGAUUUUACUGUAAAGACAAUUGUCGAAAAGAUAAUAAAAUCUGCAACUCGUAAAGAAUUUGGAAAUUUUAAUUUGAACGAAUUGCAAGAAUUCCUUAGAAAAGAAAUUGAUGGGAAAAGAUAUCUACUAGUUUUGGAUGAUGUAUGGAAUGAAAGGCAGAAUAAAUGGGAUGAAUUGACUGAUCUAUUAAUGAAUGGUUCAAAAGGAAGCAAGAUACUAGUUACUACAUGUGGUAAAGUAGUUGCUAAGGUUACUAGCAAACUUGAAUCUUAUGUCUAUACCUUGACAGGACUAGAUGAAAAAAAGCCUUGGUCUUUGUUUACCCAAAAAGCCUUUCAACAUGGGGUGGAACCAAAAGAUUCAAAAUUAAUAGAGAUAGGAAAAGGGAUUGUAGCAAAGUGUGGUGGAGUUCCUCUUGUCAUAAUGACAAUAGCACAAUUACUGUCUGGUAAUAAUAAGGAAGAUGAUUGGCUGAAUUUUAAGGAAAAUGAAAUGUCAAAGGUGAUUAAAGAAGAAAGUGAUAUUUUACCAUUGCUCAAGCUCAGCUAUAAUCAUCUCCCUUCAAACUUGAAACAAUGUUUUGCUUAUUGUGCAUUGUUUCCAAAGGAUUAUAAGAUUAAGAAGCAAAAAUUGAUUCAUCUUUGGAUGGCGCAAGGGUUUAUUCAAAUGUAAAAAAGAGAGUGUCCAGAAGAUGUUGGUGAUAAAUAUUUUUUUACUCUACUUUCAGGAUCAUUUUUCCAAGAUCCAGAAAAUGAUAGAUGGGGCAAUGUAGUCGCUUGUAAGAUGCAUGAUCUUAUGCAUGACCUUGCACAAUUGGUUGCAGGAACUGAAUGCACCAUGCAAACAUUUGAAAAGGUUGAAAGUGUGAAUGUAAGAUGUCGCCAUUUAUCUCUAGAUUGUGGUGAAGUAAAAGCAUCAUGGAAAUUUCCAGCUGUUUUAUAUAGUGGAAAUAAUAUAAGAACUUUGCUUUUAUUUUGUAGAUUAAAUUGGCGUUUCAACUUGGAUCAUGGUGAUGAAAUUCUAACUAGUUAUGCAUACUUACGAGCCUUGGAUUUUGGAGGGUUAAAAUUUCAUAAGCUGCUGAGUUCAAAUGGGGAACUUUUUAGUUCGAUUGGUAAAUUAAAGCAUUUGCGAUAUCUUAAUUUUUCUGGUGUAGAUAUUAAAACACUUUCUGAUUCAUUGUCAAGACUAAUAAAUCUGGAAACAUUAGAUCUGUCUUACUGUAGUGAGCAUAUGGAACUACCAAGAGAUAUUAAAAAAAUGGUGAACCUUAGACAUCUUAUAAACAAAAAGUGUGAUUCUUUAACUGGAAUGCCAAAUGGACUGGGGCAUUUAACUAAUCUUCAGACUUUACCACUAUUUGUGGUAAGCAAACAGUCCAAAAGAAAAAGUAAUCAUAGUGGGACAAAGGAAUUACAUGGGCUGAACAACUUGAGAGGAAAACUCAAGAUUAAAAACUUAAAAUUUGAGGCAAGUACAAAGUCGGCCAACUUAGAAGGGAAGCAAUUUCUUUGGUCUCUGACAUUGGAUUGGGGAAGAAGUGAUGAUAGAGAGGUUCAAGGAAAUGAAGGAAUAGAUGAAGUAGAGGUGUUAGAAGGUCUAAAGCCACACUCAAAUCUUAAGAAAAUCAGUGUGAGAUCAUUCAUGGGUGUUAACUGUGUGAUUGGCUUUUGUCUCUUACAAAGUUAACUUCAAUUAGUAUUAAAAAAUGUAGAAGAUGCAAACAUAUCCCACCAUUGGAUAAAUUGCCAUGUUUGAAGACUCUGUGUCUUAGCCAUCUAGAUGAUCUGGAGUAUAUUUCAGAUGAAGCAAAUAAGAGUUGGUCCACAUUGCCAGCAACAUUCUUCCCAUCCCUAGAGCAAUUCACCCUUUGCGAUUGUCCUGAAUUAAAGGGAUGGUGGAGGAAGCAUGAUUAUAAUGAUACAGAGUUGCCUUCAUUUCCUUGUCUUUCCAAAUUAGAUAUCCAAAACUGCCCCAAUUUGAUGUUCAUGCCACUGUAUCCAUCUUUGGUAGAAUUGAAAUUGCUCAAGACUAGCUCGAAACCACUGCAGCGGAUGAUGACGAUGACGAUGAAGAAUAAAGGAGAACCAUCAACUUCCCCUCGCUUUUCUGCCCCUCUCUCCAAUUUAAAGUCAAUGCUUAUGUUUAAAAUUCCUGAUCUAGAAUCUCUUCCAGUGGGUGCCUUGCAAAAUCUGACUGCUCUUGUGGAUUUGAAAAUUUUGUCAUGUCCAAAAAUUAGUCAACUCGAUCAAGCAUUAAAGUUUCUCCCAUCUUUACAAAAUUGGAAAAUUACAUCCUAUGAAGAACCUGAGCUGGAAUGGGAAGAUAUUCGUCGCAUGGGUCUUCGUUUCAUGGCCGAUUUCAGUUGAAUCCAGAGGAGACUUCUUCUUAAACAGGACCUGAAGGAUGUAAAAUACAUUGUCGACUGGAUAGCUUGGGCAUACCCUGUAUAUAACUUCAAUCCUGUUUUAGACGAGUGGUGCAGAGAAGCUCCAAGAGAACAUGACUUCAAACUUGAAGAGGAAAAUACUAGAACUGUGCAUGCCAAUCUUUGCUGCAAAAACAAAUGCGAAGAUAACAAGUCUGCCAAUACAGUGGAUGUUCUUGUUCCCGAAGUUAUUCAGGCAUGAAUUUCUCUACGGAUUCAAAUUUAAAGUGCUGGGUCUGCAUUUUGGGGUUUAGGUGACUCACUGUUAUGUUUAAAUUUGUAAAGUGAAAAGUCUGGAAUAUUUGUUUAUGCUUUUAUUAUCAUAAGUUAUGACAAAAAUUUUAGAGAAUAUCUAAUGCCUGAGGCUAAACCUUCGUUAGUUUACGUACUUAGAUUGUUAGGUAUUUAUCAUAGUGCUACUAGCUUGAUUUGAUGGGGGAGAAUAUCUUUUUUUCAAUAUUUUUCAUCAACUUUGUGAGUCGGAUUUGUAUAUGACUUUUUUUAAAUUUUAUUUUUUAUCAGAAUUUUAAAUCUGAGUCCUUAAGAGUUUGAAUUGAUUAACCUUUGUUAAAGCUCGUCUUUCUGCUUUAGACAUAUCUUCAAACUAUUUCUCUUUGCAAACUAAGAAAUCAAUAUUUUUGUCUUUUUCAUAGGGAGACCAUGUAGCUCUUUUGUCUGCCAUGGCAGAAAUGGGACUUAAGCUGCGUCUAGACAUGCCUGAGCAGGCUAUGGAGGUCACAACUCUAUUAUUCCGUGAGUCCAUGCCAGCAGAUGAAUCUCAUAAAACCAGGGAUGCUAUAACUCAGGAAAAGGCAAAAAGCAUGAAACAUAAUCAGGAAAAGAUGCAGUUUACCCAAAAAGAAAUUAAACGCUUUGAUCCUUUAAACACUUCGGUUCCAGUUUGAUGCCUUCCCUGGUGAUUUUGUGAUGUUUUCAAAAGUCCUUACUCUUUUUAGAGGUAUGGUAUAGAGGCCUCAAUUGCUUACAUUUUUU